GGAGACCCCACGUUUUCUUCACGGCAACAGAAGAAUAAUCGAGACACAGAUCAUAGUGAUCAUUUUUUAAUUUCUCAGAUUUAUCCGACGUCGCUGCAGAUCCACCAACCGUUAUGGCUGCCUUCAGCGGUGAUGAAACGGCACCGUUUUUCGGCUUCCUUGGCGCCGCAGCUGCCCUCGUCUUCUCCUGUAUGGGAGCUGCCUAUGGCACAGCGAAGAGUGGCGUGGGCGUGGCUUCCAUGGGUGUAAUGAGACCUGAGCUGGUGAUGAAGUCGAUUGUUCCUGUUGUCAUGGCUGGAGUUUUGGGCAUUUAUGGCCUUAUUAUUGCUGUUAUUAUCAGUACCGGUAUUAAUCCAAAGGCCAAAUCCUAUUACCUCUUUGAUGGUUAUGCACAUCUCUCUUCUGGUCUUGCCUGUGGCUUGGCUGGCCUUUCUGCUGGCAUGGCUAUUGGUAUUGUUGGUGAUGCCGGUGUUAGAGCCAAUGCACAACAACCAAAACUUUUUGUUGGAAUGAUUCUCAUCCUCAUUUUUGCUGAAGCACUUGCCCUUUAUGGUCUCAUUGUUGGUAUUAUCCUGUCUUCUCGUGCUGGCCAGUCUAGAGCCGACUAAGAAAGGAGUUGUGCUGCAAAAUAUUCUUUGACCACCCAUCUGUUUUAACCUCCUUUUAAAGGGGAUGAGGGAGGUAAUUAUUAGUUGUUCCGAGCUUAGCGAUGUUCAGGCAGCAUUUUCAGGAUUUAGCAAUGGUGUGAAAGUUCAAUUCGCCAUUUGUGGUGUUUGUUUGUAUAAUUAGGUUUAUGUUUACUUAAUAAAGCUUCUUAAGCUUCCUCUUUUUUAUACUUUAUUGAUUGUAUUUUGCCAUAUCAUCCGACUUUUAUAUGUAUUUUUUGGGCUGCUGAAACUGGUGCAUGUAAUGAUUUGGCUAGCAAUGCAGUGUAUUUCAUGGGUCUUUUCAUGUUGGAUAUUGGUAACA